AUGGGCGUCUGCUUCUCCUGCAUUGGCCAUGACCGUGACCGCGACUUGUCCGACGAGGACGAACAAUCAAGAUUGCUCUUCGACGACUCCCACACGAAUCAAUACGGCAGUUUCGGAGAUCAUAGUGCUGGAGCCAUUCAGGCAGAUCCCCAGGAAGUUCAGAGAGAGACGGAGGCCUUGCAGAAGGUCGUGAUGCAGACAUCAAACCAUCUCGUGGAUAUAUUUGCUAUGGUACCCCAGAAUAAUGUCCCCCAAUCUGCCACAUUGGCCUUUCCCGUCCCAGAUGCCCGACUCCUACGGUACCAAGAUGUACUUGCAAAGAUUUCCUCAGCCGAUGCUAUCAGUAAAUCCAAUCAGUACCUCGCAGAAAACACGCCCGCUCCCUCAGAAGGGUGGAUCUCCGACGAAGACGACCUCGAAGAAAUGCAGAGCCAGAAGCCUGUCAAAUCAGAUGGCGUGGGACCGCUGCUGGGAGGUUUCGCAGAUGCAGAAACCUCCAUGGAAUAG